CACCUGGGCUGAAGUCGGUUUGCCGCUCUCUGGCCGCCGGCGCUACAGGCGCGUCUUCUUCGGAAGAUUUCUCCUGCUCAUGUCAGAUUUUGCUGGCCUGUCUAUCUCAAGCUUUUGCAGGGACUAGUUUCACCGUUGUGGAGCCCCUUCUGCCGUCAAUUUUUCAGAGGGCUUUUCUAUAAAGGCACGCAAGUAGAGAUCUCUUCUGCGGUACAAAAGGCUGACUCUGAGAGUUCGUCGCCGGAACAAGAGUGCCGGUAUAUUAGGAGACGGGGCAAGAAGGGUGGAGUGGAACGAUGAGUGCUUCUAGGACUCUGCAAUAAGCAAAGUUCUGCUCCAAUUGCAGGCGAAUGCUUUGAUUGGCCUCCGCCUAGCAAGCUUCAGACAUCCUCGCUUCUUGCUCGAGUUGGUUAGGCUGCUGGGAAGUCGAGGGAAAGGUUCUCCAGUGACAUAAUGUCCAGCGUGUCGGGUCCAGAUGCUAGCGAGAAUGAGCGGAAGGGGCAGAAGCGAAAGCAUUCAGAAACAUUCUUUCCUGUUGGUGAAGGGGACGACACGGAUUUGGCCCUCCGCGAGAUACAAAUGCACAUCAGUGUUCUCAGAACCACCUACUCGCUCCGAGCAAAAGACAGGGAUGCGGCUCGACAAGCUGCUCACGCACUAGCUGACUUUGCAAAAAAAGGUGGAAACAUUGACAUGAUAGUGCAGACCGGUGCAGUAGACGCCCUUGUCCCGCAUUUAGCGGCACCUCCGUUGCUGCACCCUGACGAAAGAAUAGCAUAUGAACAUGAGGUUGAAAAGGAUGCAGCAUUUGCCUUGGGCCUGCUGGCAAUCAAGCCGGAGCACCAACGAAUGAUAGCGGAUGCCGGCGCCCUCCCUGCUCUUAUCUCCAUUCUGCAACGGCCGGCCACUUACGGGGACAGGGUCGUUUAUGGAGCAAUACGGAGGGCGGCAGAUGCCAUCACAAACAUGGCGCAUGAAAAUGCUAACAUCAAGUCACGAGUCAGAAGCGAAGGCGCCAUCCCUCCUCUUGUCGCCCUUCUAGAGUGUCCAGACGUCAAAGUUCAACGAGCAGCAGCUGGAUCACUGCGCACGCUAGCUUUCAAGAAUGAGCAGAACAAGGUGCAGAUCGUGGAGUGCCAAGCAUUGCCGACUCUGGUCUUCAUGCUGCGCUCCGAGGAUGUCGGCAUCCAUUAUGAAGCUGUCGGCGUCCUGGGAAACCUGGUCCACUCCUCCCCCACCAUCAAAAAACGGGUUCUCGAAGAGGGCGCCCUGCAGCCCGUCAUCUCGCUUCUUAGCUCUCGCUGCCCCGAGAGCCAACGAGAAGCGGCCCUCCUCCUGGGACAGUUCUCUACCGCCGAGCCCGACUGCAAGGUCCGGAUAGUGCAGCGGGGGGCCGUCCGACCGCUCAUCAAAAUGCUGGAGGCUCCCGACUUGCAGUUGAAAGAGAUGGCGGCUUUUGCACUUGGAAGAUUAGCACAGAAUAAGGACAACGAGGCUGGCAUCGUGCAUGACGGCGGUCUGCGGCCGCUGCUGGAGUUGCUCGAUUCAAAAAGCGGGGCUGUCCAACACAACGCUGCGUUUGCGCUCUACGGCCUGGCAGAUAACGAGGACAAUCUAGCCGAGAUCGUGAGAGAGGGUGGGGUUGAGAAGCUGAGGGACGCAGAGCUCAUCCUUCAGGCGUCCAAGGAUUGUGUUCAAAAGACGCUGAAGCGGCUGGAGGAGAAGAUCUCGGGGCGGGUGCUACGACACCUGCUGUACCUGCUGCGCAGCACGGACAAGGAGACACAGCGGCGGGUCGCCAUCGCGCUGGCGCACCUCUCGGGGGAGGACGACCAGCGGCUGAUCUUCUGCGACGGCGGCGGCCUGGAGGUGCUGCUGGACAUGAUGGGCUCCACCAUGACGCCCAAGCUGCAGCAGGAGGGCGCGCUCGCGGUCUACACGCUCGCAAAGAAGGCGGCCGCGCUGUCGCCCGUCGAGAACGCCCCGCCGCCGCCCACGCCACAGGUGUAUCUUGGGGAGCAGUACGUCAACUGUCGAACGCUGUCGGACGUAUCUUUCGUGGUCGAUGGCCAGCGCUUCUACGCGCACCGCAUUGCUCUGCUGGCCUCUUCUGAUGCGUUCAGAGCCAUGUUCGAUGGUGGUUAUCGGGAGAAGCAAGCAGAAGACAUCGAGAUACCGAAUAUCAGUUGGAGAGUGUUUGAGGCCAUGAUGAGGCAUAUUUACACCGGCACAGUAGACGUAACUCCCGACAUCGCCCAAGACCUGCUCCGAGCUGCGGACCAGUACCUGCUAGAAGGCCUCAAGCGGCAGUGUGAAUACGCCAUAGCGAAGGACCUGGCGGUGGAUUGCGUGUCGGACGUGUACGAGUUGGCCGAAGCUUACCAUGCAUCCACUCUCCGGCAUCAAUGUGUCAUCUUCACGCUGGAGCACCACGAGCAGACGUCAGCUUUGCCCAUUUACACAUCGAUGAUCCAACGGAUGGUGCCGGAAAUCAGGGAGUACAUACACCGGGUUCUAAGACCAAAGCAAGCGCCUCCUCCACCUAUGUAAGGCUUCGGAUGGGUGCUUCUUUAUGAUACGGGGAGAGUGGUUGGGAUCUGUAGGAGUAUAGCUGUAAACCUCGGUCACAGGUCGUUGAUAGAAAAGAAUGUAAACUACUUGCACACACAACUUCCUGAUAAUGGUCAGUCAGCUCGGAGCAGAACAUGCAAAAAGGAGAGAAAUUCAGCUUACGAAUGAUAUAGCGCAUCAUGGUGCUCGCGAAAUUGGCACCAGGCCAAAAAUGGCGCUCAUGCACCAUAGAAUACACCGUCAGUGUAUAUCAUUUGUGCUUUCAAUCCGCUCAGUAGUAUUACUGUUUGCAAACA